AUGAUUCUCUUAGACUACCACAACGUCAUCAUCAAAAACACAUUGGAUGCGAGACUCAAAGAGGAGAAGCUCGAGCCUGUUGAUAUGACAGUAGCCGAUUUUGACGGCGUUACUUACCACAUUUCCACACCAGAGUCCAAGUCUGUUAUCCGCAUCUCUUUGGGAUGGGCAUGUGCUCAUGAGCUUUUCUCUCAUGGAGCUCAAGAUGUGUUGAAACGCGAGUAUGGUGAUUUGCUCUUGGAUACGCCCGAGCAAGGUUAUGAUGUUAGUCUUUCUAUUGAUCUCGAGCAAGUUUCCAAGGAGUCUGAGGCCAGAGAUGAGCUCAUUAAGAAAGUAUCACUUUUAAAGCGUAAUUUGUUGGCAGCUCCUCUUGAAAGAGCUUUUGCAGAACAAGAACAAUGCGAGAAGGAGGACAAGACCGAGAUCAAUUCCGAACUAAUGGCUGUUCAUUAUCGCGAGGAAGAAGCCAUCUAUAUCAAGUCCAACUUCGAUCGUAUUACCGUUAUUUUCAGCACAACAUUCAAAGACGAAACCGACAAGAUCUUUGGCAAAGUCUUUUUGCAGGAAUUUGUCGAUGCUCGCCGUAGAGUCCCAGCUUUACAAAAUGCUCCUCAAGUCUUGUAUUCCAUUCGUGAGCCUCCAAUGGAGCUUCGUCAUUUGAACUUGAAGGACAGUGAUGAUAUUAGUUAUGUUACAUUUGUGUUAUUCCCUAACCAUUUCACCAGAGGCGAUGUUCGUGAGGAGACCAUUUCUCGUAUCCAAAUCUUCCGCGAUUAUCUUCACUACCACAUCAAAUGCUCAAAGGCAUACAUGCACACCCGUAUGAGAGCUCGUGUUCGUGAUUUCUUGAAGGUACUGAACAGAGCCAAACCAGAAGUUCAAAAUGCCGAAAAGAAAACUGCCAGUGGAAGAACCUUUAUUCGUCGAUCUUAA